AUGGGCGACUUUGCGCAUCUAAGAGACGUCGUGGGACAACUCCCCUUCCUGAAGACCUACAGCCACAUUCUCUUGGCCUUCGAGCUUAAGGGCUACGAAGAGUCGAAGGAUGAGACUACUAAGUGCUUGCAAACAGCUUCUCUCAAGCUUACGGAGGCAUUUCCAUGGCUCGCCACAAAGGUGGUUAAUCGAUGUAGUGGGCCAGGUAACUCUGGACUCUUCGAGCUAGAGCCCUGUGCUCUGUGGUCGCCACCUAACACGGUUCUUCGAGUAAAAGACUGUUCGAGUCUCUGUCCCCCUUGCGAGGAUAUCGUCAGAAGGCGUGGACCAUGUACAAUGCUUGACGGCGGCAUACUCGGUCCUCGCAAGGCAUUCCCAGAGAGCUACGAAGAGACCGAAGAUGACCCAACACCCGUGCUGGCCUUCCAGGCCAAUUUCAUCAGGGGCGGCUUGCUCUUGGACUGCGCAGCACAGCACAAUUUCAUCGACAUGAAUGGCAUCGAGCAAUGCGAAUCUACGAAGGACCACAGCCAGUUCAAGAGGCCGGCUGCAUCUGAGAAACCCCCGCUACUGCUCCGGCCAAACUCCCCUUUCUUCUGGCGGUAUUUCCGUUUCUCGGCACAUAAGUUAAAGGAACUGAAGGCCCGCGCGAUGCCAUCUGAGGGCUGCGACCCCUCAGUCUCUUACAUCUCCACCAACGACGCGUUGACAGCUUUCUGCUGGCAGCGUGUGACUACCGUCCGUCUACGUCGACAUCAGACGCCUCACGCGACGGCAAAGUUUUGCCGCGCAGUAGACGCAUGGAAUACGAUGGGGGUUCCCCCGGGGUACAUGGGCGAUCUCGUCACGAUCGCCACGUCUAGGAUGACAUUCAAAGAUCUUGUAGACGCGCCGCUUUCAGUCAUCGCCGGCGUGCUCCGUAGAGAUCUCAAUGCCGUCGAUACGCCUGAUUACAUUCGAAGCUUUGCCACGCACAUCGCUAACACCCCGGAUAAAUCUACGAUCGUGUACGGCGGCAAGCUCAACCCCGACACGGACAUCGGUUCUUCGCCGUGGGCUCGGAUUCAGUUAUGCCGAGUCACCUUUGGUCCAUUAGGCAAGCCGGCGUUGAUACGGCGGCCGAACUUUGGGCCGAUCAGAAGUGACAUCUACUUCAUAUCGCAGUUGAAAUCUGGAGACAUUGAUGCGCUACUCUGCUUCAACGAAGAGGACAUGGACGAGCUCAUCGAAGAGGAGGAGUGGAGUGCAUAUGCAGACUAUAUCGGGUGA